AUGGACUGUGAACUUGGCCGAGAUACUAAUCCUCUGGACAGCACUGGCAAACUAUCGUUGUCUAUGAGAGAUCAGGAGGGUAAGGAUGUCAGUAAGAUAGAUUCUCCUCGCUCCUACAACAAUAGACGUUUCGGCGGCGACACUUCGUCCCACGGCAAAUCGAAUCCCUUCAACGCUCUUUCGCCUUCCGCUACAAAAACCCCCUCUGCGAGCGCAUCCUCGGCAUUUGGACUAGGUAGCGGUGCGUUUGCUUCCUUUGGCUCAGCAAAAACCCCAAAGACCCCGGGUCCAGGGUCGGGUUUCGAUUUUUCAUCACGUGAGAAAAACGAGAAGAAAGAGAGGGAUUCAGAUACACCCGGCGAGAAUUCAGAAACAGAGCCGCUCCAGGGUUCUCCAGGAUCUUUCAGGUCAUCCUCGGAGCAUCCGCUACGAAACACCUGGAACCUCUUCUAUCGGCCCCCUGCCAACAAGUUCUCCGACUACGAAAAAUCGACCCUGAAAUUGGCGUCCAUCAGCUCUGUGGAAAACUUCUGGACAAUAUAUUCUCAUCUGAAGCGGCCAUCCUUGUUACCUAGUGUCUCCGACUACCAUAUUUUCAAGGACGGUAUUCGUCCAGUGUGGGAGGAUGAGGCGAACAAAAAAGGUGGCAAGUGGAUUGUGAGAUUAAAGAAAGGUGUGGCGGACCGCUAUUGGGAGGAUCUGCUAUUGGCCAUCAUCGGUGACCAGUUCCUAGAGGCAGGAGAAGAGGUCUGUGGCGCAGUGCUCAGCGUACGGAGUGGCGAGGACGUUCUGAGUGUCUGGACCAAGAUUGACGGUGGCCGAAACAUCAAGAUCAGGGAGACCAUCAAACGGAUACUUGCAUUCCCUCCCGAUACGAACAUUGUGUGGAAGAGCCACGACGACAGCAUCGCCCAGCGAUCGGCUCUGGACGAGGCCAGACAGCAGAAGAUCAUGGUUGUGCAGGACACAUUGGAAACUCUCAACCGGACUGGUCUCACUUCAGGACACAAAUCACACAUUGGGCAGAGGGGCACGGACGACAAGCCAAGUACCGCACCUCUGGUUCCUCCGAAUUCAAAUGCCUCUCCAUCGCAGUCGAAGAGGGUACAGAUGCCCAGAACUCCUCCGAAACAGCUUACAAAAACCAUAAAAGCCUUUCUUGGGGCGCACGACAAUGCCGCAUGUGCGCCUAUUCAUAUUGAGAGUGACGACGAUAGUGAAACACCCGUCGAGAGCAAGACUUCAACCCGAUCCAGUGACGCGACACUGCGACAAAGUUCUUCGUGGUCAGGAUUAAGUGACAACGACAGGCUGGUGGGAGGAUUGGUUCGACGACACCCCAACCCUGAGCGCAUCGAAGAGCCCAUGAAGAAGCCUUUCAAACCUCCUUCGGGGGUCUAUAAACCAUACAAUACCUUGAACGGAAAGUCGGCAUAUCUCCAUCAGAGGACAUCCCAGUCUCGGACCCCAGUACCCGCGUCAAGUACGAAUUUGCCUUCUAAGAGCGACAUUCACGCCAAUGACCAUUUUACACCCCACAAGAAGCGCAAGAUCGGGGAUUGGGGCGCAUCUGCAAUAUCUCCUACGUCGGCCAUCCCUUCCGACGGGGGCCAAAUCCUGAAUGACUCUGAAGACGAACUUGCUCUAGACACACAGUCGAACGAUGGAAAUGUGUCUGGGAGGCUCCCACGACGACGCCGGUCGGAUGAUAGAGAUGGAAAUGGCGUUUCAACCCAAAGACAUCGAGACAGUAUCGACAGGACUCAGGUGGACCAAGUGAAUCGCUCGUCUCCUCAAGAUGAAAGCGCUUUCACCAAAGACUCUGCACAACGAAGAAAGACCGAGAAGGAUAAGAUACUUGAGAGCCCCCAUGACCUUUCAAAACACCCUCACACCUCCCCAUACUUUAGGUAUCCAGGAACCCGAACAGCGGAUGUCACUCGACAGAGGCAAAAUCCAAAGUGGGCGCAGUCACCGGAGAGUCCGGAUGCACUGCAGAGCACUGAACCUCAAUCUACACCAAAGUCAUAUACAUUCGGCGGUGCACGCUAUCCGGAAAUGAAGACCAUGGAUCUCGGCAAUUUGAUUAUAGGGCACACAUCCAGUUCUGUCGGUCAUAAGCGAUCGAAUGAAACCGUGCAACCCCCAUCCAAGAAGAUAUGCUUUGUCCUCCUGGAAUUUGUGUUCAGGGAAUUUUUUGAUUCUUCGGGCUACAUGAUUGAGCUCGACAGGUCGGCAUCGCAGAUCGCCGUCAAUUUGAAAGACCCGCUCUUGGGGAAUGAGUCGGUUUUCUUACCACGCGGCAUCAACCAAAUCAUCAAGCUUAGACACGGAAACGAUGAGUCGCCAUUGGUGAACCUCCAGUUUGCUCGAACUGGCAUGGAAGAAGAACCCAUGUGGCUCAGAUUCGAAUCGCACAAAAUGGCCUUCGAUUUUGUUAAAUUUUUGACAGAUGUAGAGAAGACGCUGAAAGUUACCACCAAGGACGAGCGUUGGAUGGAGUUGGCUUUCUCAAAAGCCAAAAAUGCUUGCCAACCAAAGGAGAGGCCUUCGACGAAGACUCUCGCAAUGCAGGCACCCACAGCAAGACCAGAAAUCACAUCAAAGGACACUAAGUCGACACUAGAACCACGCGUCAGCUUGAGACGUAGUAGGCUGGUUGACAUGCUGGAUGCACCCCCUGAAGCUUCAGAAGGGCCUCGGAUACCAACGGUCGCGCACAGCAAGAACAGUGUCGACGACAUCGAUCGCGCGCCCCCCGUGGCCAAAAAUAAUUCACCUCUGGCAGCCGAGGAAUCUCCGCCAUUCCAGAUGUCAAAUCACUCAACCGGCAUGCCGCCGCCAUCUGUCACCCGGUCGCGCGCCACCAAGACAGAACCGAGCAUUGAAAAAGGACAGAGCGAGCCCGUUGAAAAGACGAAAGCGUCGCAAACUGGGGUUUUGGGCCGACCCUGGACGAAGGACCUUGUUUACCCGCAACCCGGACGAAGAGCUGCAGUCGUCCCCUUUGAUGAUCUGCAACGAUUGGACGAUGGCCAGUUCCUGAAUGAUAACCUGAUUUUUUUCUUUAUGAGGUAUCUCGAGACACGCAUGGAGAAGAGCAACCCCGAAGUGCUCAAGAGGAUGCAUUUCUUCAACACCUAUUUCUACGAAGCCCUUUCCAAGACCAAAGGGAAGCGAGGUAUUAACUAUGAAUCUGUCAGUCGAUGGACCAAAAACAUCAAUCUAUUCAGCCGUGAUUUCAUAGUUGUGCCCGUCAACGAGAACUACCACUGGUAUCUCGCGAUCAUCUGCAAUCUUCCAUACUUCCGUCAGGAACAGACAAUGAACAGCGGUUGGUCUGAGGACGUGCAGCUGGGUGACCAGCCAAGCGAGGAAGGCGAGAAGAAUUCUGAUCAGCAGAUGGAUGACACACAGAGAAUAUUGGCCAAGGUCCUACGCACUGUCGAAGAGGGAGACAGUCUGUUUGAAGAUCGGCCGAAGUUUAAGAGACGGAAAGUUGUUCGCAGGUCACUCCCAAAGUACGACGUGACCAAGCCUGUCAUCAUCACUUUGGAUUCUCUGGGCUCAGCACGAUCGGAAACAUGUUCACAGCUCAAGCAAUACAUAGUAGCAGAGGCUCGAGACAAGCGGAAUCUGGACAUUGAUCUGAGUGAGCUCAAGGGAAUGACGGCCAAGGAAAUCCCCACUCAAAACAAUUUUACCGACUGCGGCCUGUAUCUGUGCAUGUACCUGGAGCAAUUUGUCGCUGAUCCAUACACUUUCGUGCGGCGCAUUUUACAGCGGGAAGCGAAUGAACAACAGUGGCCGCGCGAAAUUCGUAGCCAGGAUUUGAGAUCAAGGUUGCGGCAACUAAUCCUGGAGAUGCACCGACGGCAAGAAAAAGAACCCCGGGAAAUGGAGGAGCCUUCUAUUGGAAACAUCUUGAUCAAUACAAGAGAGAUAUCUCGCUCGCCGCCAGUGACCCAGAGAACAGCCACAAGGCAUGAGGUCAAAGAAGCGAAGAAGAGGUUCGAAGACAUAACUCACAGCAAGCCUUCCGAAUCCAACAAGGGAAGGGAAUGUGUGUCUCCUGAGCUUGGGUCGAACGUCACGAAAGCAAGCCCUGGUGCCAGGGUGAUUUCAGAGACUCCGGAAGGUUCUGACGAGGAGGAUGUGCGAACAACAUCAAAGGACCAGAUGCUGGAGCAAAAUCCCCGACGGUACUCGGACGUUGAACCUUCUUCUCGGGACACACGAUUUCGUGCAGCCCGUCUGAGAGAUACGCAGACCACACGAAACGUCGACCGGAGUUUGCGCUCCCCCACGGCACCCACAGACCAGGCCACUUACGCCUCGCAUCCAACUAUUGAACACCGCUCUGAUAAAAGACGAAGGUUAAGUCGUGCGGAUGAUUCGGACUUGAGACGAAAGUCCCGAUCUUCGAGCCUAUCAAGCGACCUGACAGAUUACCUUUCUGGGCCGACUAGCGCCGCGCGUUUUCUCCCUAGGAUUGAGGAACACGCAGCGCGCUUUUCUGCUUCUUUAUCUCCUCACCGGAAUGUGAGAGGCGAUUCAGAUGAGGAAAUUGGUACGAGCAAGAAGAGUGGACCGGGAAACACUGCUAGGAUUGGGGAAAGUCAUCGUGCGAGUCCUGACACUGAAGUCAUCGGGGAAAGGAAAGCUGGGUCGGGCAGAGAUGUCCACCUUCUGACGAAGCGAAAGCGACCAUCCGAGAAAGCUACAGCACCCAAUUCUACAAGUGAGCAUGAGGAAUGGGCUAGAGGCGAUGUGAAGCGGGAAUCACCUCGGGUUCGACGACAUGAUUUUUCAUCCGCCCACGGCGACGUUCGAUCUAGUCGACAAAGGGAGAGAAAGGCUAGAUAUGGCGGGGAGGAUGAGGAGAUGCUUUUCCACUCGUGA